GACCCCCCCGCCCCUUGCCUGCACGGCUCUCCUUUCGACCCGGGGAAGAGACAACGUCCUGAUAACUUGCACGCUGUGGCGCAACUGGUCUCGACACCGGAGGUACCCGAAGGCUGUCCCGGUGAGAAACCUGGGAAGGGAAACAGUCUCAACAAUGAAUAGGCCACUCAGCACCACCAACUACAGAUGACUGGCCAUUUCAUUUACAAAGAUGUCGUCUGCUGCUGAGAAUGGAGACACGGCACCUGGGAAACAAAAUGAAGAGAAAACCUAUAAAAAGACUGCGUCAUCUGCCAUCAAAGGUGCUAUUCAGCUGGGAAUAGGAUACACAGUGGGUAAUCUCACCUCCAAGCCAGACCGAGAUGUUCUCAUGCAAGAUUUUUAUGUGGUGGAAAGUGUGUUCCUGCCCAGUGAAGGGAGCAAUCUGACCCCAGCACAUCACUACCCAGACUUCAGAUUUAAGACAUAUGCUCCACUAGCAUUCCGAUAUUUCAGAGAACUUUUUGGUAUCAAGCCUGAUGAUUACUUGUAUUCCAUAUGCAGUGAACCUCUAAUAGAGCUGUCUAACCCUGGAGCCAGUGGAUCCUUGUUUUUUGUGACCAGUGAUGAUGAAUUUAUCAUCAAAACAGUUCAGCAUAAAGAAGCAGAGUUCCUUCAGAAGCUACUGCCAGGCUAUUACAUGAAUUUGAACCAGAAUCCAAGAACUCUUUUGCCAAAAUUUUAUGGACUGUAUUGCAUGCAGUCAGGGGGCAUUAACAUCAGGAUUGUGGUGAUGAACAACGUUUUACCACGCUCCAUGAGAAUGCACUUCACGUAUGACUUGAAAGGCUCAACCUAUAAGCGAAGAGCAUCCAGAAAAGAGAGAGAGAAAUCUAGCCCCACGUUUAAGGACUUAGAUUUCCUGCAGGACAUGCAUGAAGGAUUGUAUUUUGAUACAGAAACAUACAAUGCACUCAUGAAGACACUUCAGAGAGACUGCCGGGUGCUGGAAAGCUUCAAGAUCAUGGACUAUAGCCUUUUGCUGGGAAUCCACAUCUUGGACCAUACCCUCAAAGAAAAAGAAGAGGAAAUUUCUCAAAAUGUGCCUGAUGCUAAGCGGCCUGGGAUGCAAAAGGUUCUCUACUCAACAGCAAUGGAAUCCAUCCAGGGUCCAGGAAAAUCGGGAGAUGGAAUCAUCACAGAGAACCCAGACACAAUGGGAGGCAUUCCAGCUAAAAGCCACAAGGGAGAAAAGCUGCUUUUAUUUAUGGGCAUUAUUGACAUUCUGCAAUCAUAUAGGUUAAUGAAGAAGUUGGAACAUUCCUGGAAAGCUCUUGUUUAUGAUGGGGACACUGUUUCGGUUCACAGACCCAGCUUUUAUGCAGACAGAUUUCUAAAGUUUAUGAAUUCCAGAGUUUUCAAGAAAAUUCAAGCUUUGAAGGCGUCACCUUCUAAGAAACGGUGCAACUCCAUUGCUGCCCUGAAGGCAACCUCACAGGAGAUUGUGUCCUCAAUUAGCCAGGAAUGGAAGGAUGAGAAGCAUGAUUUGCUUACUGAAGGGCAGAGUUUUAGCAGCCUUGAUGAAGAAGCACUGGGAUCCCGACACAGGCCAGAUCUGGUGCCUAGUACCCCAUCGCUGUUUGAAGCUGCUUCCUUGGCGACCACAAUUUCAUCUUCUUCCUUGUAUGUCAAUGAACAUUAUCCACAUGACAGGACUACGCUUUAUUCAAACAGUAAAGGGUUACCUUCCAGUUCCACCUUUACCUUGGAAGAGGGGACCAUCUACUUGACUUCUGAGCCAAAUGCUCUGGAAAUGCAAGAUGAUAAUGCCUCCGUGCUUGAUGUCUAUUUAUAAGUGAAAAUGGUGACCACCUUGGCAGAUGGAGGAGACAUGAACACAGUUGUGGGAAAGAAGUUUCUCCACUCCAGAACUAACCAAAGGAAACGGCUGAACCCCAUUACACACAGAAUCAUAAUCAACUGGACUUGGAGUUUGCAAGAUGUCAGGGGAGCCUUGGCGGAAAGGCUGAUCAGCAGAUGUGAAAAAUACCACACUCGUCUGGCAUUUGCUGUUGCUUGCUGAACUGUGAAGAACUGCAUGAACUCUGUUUAAGCUGCUUUCUAUACCAUUGCCAAUCACCUUUUUGGACUUGGAAGUGCUAUUUUCCUAUUGACACUUGCAUUAUUUCAUUUUGCAUGCAUCCAGUGAUUAUCCAUAAGCAACAUAUGUAAUCUGCGCAUAUAUUUUUUAAAGAUCCAUCCACGCAAAAUGGUAAAGUCUAAAUUCUCUUCUUUUUGCAAAGUUAUAAUCAUAGCCCAUGUCAUUAAAAGUUUAAAUUGGUUUCAUAUAAAGAUCAGUGUAAUAGGUCUGCAUAUACUUUAUAGAAAAUUAGCUUCUAUAAAGAUUUUUUCACUGUUUACUAGUGAAAUGAGAUAAGCAAAGCUAUUUAUAAAAGGCCUUAUGUCGUGUACAUACAUUGUCUUUGAAAUAUUUGUGAUUUAGUUUAUUGCUUGUAAAAGAGAAAUUAUAUA